AAAAAAACUUUUGGAGGUUUUUCUACCAAAGUUCAUCCUUUUACUCUUUGAUGAGAAGGUUGUCUUAUCAAAAGCUCCAACAGGACUAAAUAGUGUGGUUUUUGACCUAAUCGAUUAAUUUGAUUAGAAUUAUUCGUAAAAUUCCACGUAUUUCAUUUAAUUCGUUAUGAUUUUAGUUAUGGCGGACCGGUUGUUAGGUUAAAACGUGUCUAGUCUGAUUUAACUCUGUUACUCGUGAUUUCAUGCCCAAUUCAGCAGUGUCAGCUGAGUUUGGUAUGUUUUAACAAACCACGUUGUAUCGCUGCAAGCACGUGUUUCGUCACGAACGUGUAUCAGGCAAGCGCUCAUACAAACACGCGCGCGCACGGUAAUUGCUCACAGACAACUAGGCGCGAGACUAGACCGCAGUUUAUACGAGAGGCAUCGGCGACAGGCGAGCCCAUGGAGUUCGAGGAGUCGGGUAUUGGAGAGGAGUGCGGAGUCUUUGGGUGUGUCGCUGCGGGAGAGUGGCCCACACAGCUGGAGGUGGCUCAGGUCUUAACUUUGGGGUUGGUGGCGUUACAGCACAGGGGACAGGAAAGUGCUGGGAUUGUCACAAGUAAUGGAGCCAGUCCACCCACGUACACAGCACACAAGGGAAUGGGAUUAGUGAGCACCGCUUUUUCACCAGAGGCUCUCACUAAACUGCGCUAUGGUAACCUCGGCAUUUGCCACACACGCUAUUCAACCACUGGGAUCUCAGAGCUGCAGAACUGCCAGCCCUUUGUGGUGGAUACACUGCAUGGCAAGAUUGCUGUAGCACACAAUGGAGAGCUGGUUAAUGCCCAUGCCCUGCGGAAAAAGGUGAUGCGCCAUGGUGUCGGCCUCUCCACCAGCUCAGACAGUGAGCUCAUCACCCAGCUGCUGGCACUGACUCCACCUAUGGAGGAGCUAGACUCACCUGACUGGGUUGCCAGAAUUAAAAACCUCAUGACUGAAACGCCAACAUCAUACUCACUGCUGGUCAUGUUCAAAGAUGUAAUCUACGCAGUGCGUGACCCUUAUGGAAAUAGGCCACUGUGCAUUGGGCAGCUCGUUCCCAUCUCUAAACUGCACAAUCCAGCAGGCGCUCAAGAGGAAGACACUGAGGGGUGGGUUGUGUCAUCAGAGUCGUGCAGCUUCCAGUCGAUUGGUGCCAAGUACUACAGAGAGGUCUUGCCAGGAGAGAUAGUCCAGAUAUCCAGACAUGGUGUCAAAUCUCUGAGUGUUGUGCCCCGACCUGAGGGAGACCUCCCAGCCUUCUGCAUUUUUGAAUAUGUUUAUUUUGCCAGACCAGACUCUAUUUUCGAAGGGCAGAUGGUCUAUACUGCCAGACAGCGAUGUGGGCGGCAGUUGGCCAUCGAGUCUCCGACUGAUGCAGACGUUGUCAGCACUGUGCCAGAGUCUGCAACCCCUGCUGCUCUGGGCUACGCUGAGCAGUCUGGUCUUCCAUACAUUGAGGUUCUGUGUAAAAACCGCUAUGUUGGAAGAACUUUUAUCCAGCCAAACACCCGCUUGAGGCAGCUAGGAGUGGCCAAGAAGUUUGGAGCACUGACGGACAACUUUGCUGGGAAACGAGUGGUGCUCAUUGACGACUCCAUCGUCAGAGGCAACACAAUUUCCCCUAUUAUUAAGCUGCUGAAGGAAGCGGGUGCCAAAGAGGUCCACAUCAGAGUGGCUUCUCCACCAAUCAGGUUCCCUUGCUACAUGGGCAUCAACAUCCCAACCAAGGAGGAGCUCAUUGCCAACAAGCCGGAGUUUCAGGACAUUGCUGGUUAUAUUGGUGCUGACAGUGUUAAAUAUCUGACUGUGGAGGGCCUCGUAUCUGCUGUCCAGGAGGGUAUUGCUUUCCAUAUUGAAAAGGACAAAAUUAAUUCCAAUAACAAGUCCAACAGGAAAGCGGGCCACUGCACUGCCUGUCUGACUGGGAAAUAUCCAGUGGAGCUGGAGUGGUAACUGCUGCACCAACAGUAGCACUGUGGAUGGUGCUGCAAACUUGAAAUAAAAAAAAACAACCCUGUUCUACAUAUGAUUUAUCUCAACAUUGCCAGCCGGAACACUAAGAUGUUGCACAACUACAGAAGGUUACUUUAUUCAGAACCUCAGGAAGCUAAAAGUGAUGCUUUUUCUCACCUGUGGUGGCUAAGCUUUUUUCUUUUCCUGUUCCUGGAUGUGACUAAUUCCAGGUGUGUAUUUCUUACCACACAAGUAUGUUUUUGUUUUGCAGCUGCAUUUAUUUGAAAAGUAGAUUUCCACAUGUAUUCAAAGCAUUUACAAUGCCAGACAAAGCGCACACGAUAAAUGACCAAAACAUUAAAUCAUCUUUAUUUCUGUUAUUUACUUAAGACUGUUUUGUUUGGGUUUUGGGCUGUUUGCUCAAAUUUGAACAAUACAGGAAUAUGAUGUAUGAAUAAUAAACAAUAACUACAAUGACAA